AUGCAUCACAGCCGGAAAAAGUCUGGUCACGGCCUCCCCAACACAUCAUCAACAGACGUGCGAAAGACUGUCACAGCGACCGACCCUUCAAAGUAUAAGCGGCCCGUCAUGACUCGGCGACACACUCCGCAGAAACUCGGCCGAAGCCAGCGCGAACGUGAACGAGAGCGUAUAGAGUCUUGGGAGGAUGAGAGGGAGAGCUUCCCGCAGUUCUGCAUGACGUGCGAAAAGCAAUUCAUCCCUCGUGAUGACAUGUUCCUGUACUGCUCCGACAGGGUUGAUCAGACUUCGACGUCACAACCGGCCUCGUCGGUCCGCCAUUACGCGUCGGCCAACUACCCAUUCUACACGGCGGGCAACCCCGAGCCCAAGGACAUCAUCCCGCGGGCAUCGCCCUCGCGACCCAGCUCGAUGCUGCUGAGCUCCCCACCGGCGACCCCAGGGGCCGGAGCUUCGGCUUACCAACACACUUCGGCCAUUUCGGCGCUCCGGUCCCUCAAUGUCCGGCCGCCUAGCCCUCCGUCCCCGACGGGCAGCUCGACCAACCUGUGGCCUUUUAGUCGCAGCGCAGCGACCAGCCCGCACAGCUCGUACGGGCGACCUUCUGCGGCGUACUUUUCUUCAACGUACGACGGUGGCUACUACGGCGCUGGCAGCGGCGCAUACACCUACGAUGUGACUUCGGCGGGAAUGGACCGGCCUCUGCCUUCACGUCACCCCGGCACCUACUCUCGACCCAAGAGCAUCGAGCUUGUGACACCCAUGGUCGGCAGAUGA